CACAAGUAAAGUACCCUUUAAAAAAAUAUAAGCCUUCCACCACAUAUAUAAAAGACUGUCUAUCAUUACUUUCAUGAUCACAGAAUCAUAAAAAAAUCCACUCAAAAUAAAGAAAAAAAAAUCAGAAUCUUCAGAGCCUUUAUACAAGAUGAUGAUGAGCACUAAGAAGCUAGUAAAAAUAGCAAAAUAUUGGCCCAAAUUGGGAGGUCUAAACGGGAGAAAAAUUAUCUCCUUUCGUCCCAGCAUUAAUAAUAUUCUUUCUUCUUCCUACGAUCGUUAUACGACAACAACAUCGUCGUCGUUUGUGGUUGAGAAAGGUCAUUUCGUUGUGUACACGAGGGACGACAAGCGUUUUGUGAUGCCGUUGGCUUAUCUAAACGACAACAUUUUGCGAGAGCUGUUUAGGUUGUCUGAACAAGAGUUUGGGCUGUCGAACCAUGGCCCUAUUACGCUGCCCUGUGAUGCAGCCUUUAUGGAGUACAUCCUCAAGCUCAUUCGACGAGGCGUCGCCAAAGAUUUGGAGAUGGCUUUGAUUCGUUCCAUGAAUAAUAAUCCCACUGGCUGCUUAUCCUUUAUUUCUUCAUCUAAUUUUAUUGAAGAAAGAUUUGCAAGCCAACAAAUCCUAUUACUAGCCUAGCUAGUCAUGUGGUUGAUCAUUUUCUAUAUACAUAUAUACGACUCAUUACAAUAAAGAAUAUAUAUAUAUAUACAUUUAAUCUACAUUUAUAUACUUUGACAAAACCUUUUUGCGUGUUUUAAAAUCUUGACUUGAUAUCAUUGAAUUUUGUAAGUACUUAAUACGGUUUCUUAGAUUUUAUAUUCAUACUCUCUUAUUACACAAUUAAUAUAUAUUGUGAUCUCGUAAUUAAGAUAAUUCUAAUCGUCAUCGAUUCCAGCAAAAAAAAAUAAAAA